UCCGGUUGGUACAUGUCAACAGUCGUCCGGCGGAAACAGAUGCCCGACUGUUGGAUAAACAGUUCCAGUGUACAGGCAUUGCUUACCCGAGACAAACUAAUUUUGACUAAUAUUAACACGAAUUAUAAUCAGUUGAGUGUUUCAGUUUUAAUUACAUGUUAAAACUACAUCGGAAUAGUAACACAUUUGAGAAAAUAGUCUUAGCUGUCUCUGCGCUUCUUACGUUUAAUAUUCAAAAAACAUGGCGGCGGCGUCCUUGAGCAGCACAGGGAGCGUGAGGCUGCUGAGUGCUUUAGCCAGGUCCGGCUCAUUAUGCAGCUCCUCUGGAAGCAGAGCCCUCCACGUCACUGCAGUGUGCUGCAAGAACAAGGCAGCCCGUGUCCGAGUGGGGAAAGGAGACAAACCUUUGACCUAUGAGCAAGCACUUCCACCUCAUCACAUUGGCCAUCGCAAAGGAUGGCUGUCACAGAACACCAGUAACCUGAAAGGAGAGGAGGGUGCUGCUGAACGGACCGUAGAGGACGUGUUCGUGAGGCGUUUCAUGUUCGGGACCUUCCACGGCUGCCUGGCCAAUGAGAUUGUGAUCAAAAGGCGCGGCAACGUGCUCAUAGUGUGCGCUCUAAUGCUCCAGAAACUACCCCCACAGAAGUUUUACUUCUUAAUAGGCUAUUCAGAGUCACUGCUGUCACACUUGUACAAAUGCCCCGUCAAGCUCGAGGUUCAGACCCUGCAGGACAAAGCUGUGUACAAGUACCUCUGAGCUGUGUACAAGUACCUCUGACGGACCUGUGUAGUGCUGAAACUGAAUGGUUCUUCUAGAGACUGUGCCCCACCUGCUGGGUUUAGUUCUGGUAUAAAAUGGUGACUUUGUUCCUGUCUCCAUCAUCUGUUUUCAAUUGUCAAAAGGUGUAUUGCUUUUGUUAAACAAACUCAGAAUUAUAGAAAAUUCAAUCAUGCGUGUGAAA